CAUGGUUUCCCUGUCAACUGGUCUGUGCCAACUGAUUAUUCCUAUGAUUGUGCUAUCACACUUCUCAGCAUCUCUUCCAUCCCGAGAGAGGUAAGCAUUUCCUGUGCCUCUGCUUCCUUUUCUCCAUGGCUUGUUGUUCAAAGAGCCUGUGAGCUAUAAAGUCAGGCUUUUAUCUUCCCUCCGCAACUUGCAUCUGCUUGGAUGUUGGGCAUUUUCCUGCCUAAACUGAUUUAGUUGAAUGAGACAAAUGUUGAGAACAUUUUGUCUUGCUUGAGAACAGAAAUAUUGAUCUGUUUGGGAGAGAAAAUCAGGGCCCCAAACAGACCAAACUACAGUAGAAGAGACACUUUUGAGCCUGUUUUUGUGCCCGGUACUUACAAAGGCUGAUAAAGGUGGAAGUUUCUGCUUCAAAUAGCUUAAUCCUAUGAAAACAUAACUAAAAAUAGUCAGUUUUGUCAGCUCACCACUUUACAGUCCUACGUAAGACCUUGGCAGGGUUGUCCCUCCUCCCUCCUGUGCAGGGACACUUAAAGCACAGAGGACUAAAGGAGCUGGGCUGGAAGAGGACAGAGCUGAGGCUUCCCCCAUGGCCACAACCAGGGCCUUUGAGCACUGCUUUUAAUGCCUUGUCACUCAGUCAUUGCCGGUGCUGGGCUUUGGUACCACCGCUGUUAUCUACCUGUUCCGCAGCCAGGUAUCUGGGUGUUUAAUUUCUUACUUCUCCAGUCUCUUGUCCUGCUCUUUUGUGCUGAAUCAGCAUUAACCUCCCAUUCCCAUAUCCUUAUAGUAAGGUGAUCACAUCGGAAAGAAGGAAGUGCAGGUAGUUUCUGUGUGAUGAUGAACAAAGAUGAGUUCCUAUAAGAUUUGCCUCUUUUUCUGUGUGAAGCUUUGCCAAAUUCUUGGAACCCUGUUUCCUUGAGGGUACAGUUUAAAUCUCAUUCUCUCUGGUCCUAAAACCAUUCCUUUUCACCAUUCUUCCUCUGCUGACUUCCUCCCCAGGCCUGAGAGGCAUGCUGAUGGGCUCUUCCACAGCGAGCUCAGCAAGAUGAAUGGCAAUGCCUUUGUGCAGCAGCUGAUCAAGCACCUGAUGGGCCUCAAGGAGAGGUAAGGACCAGCCAAAACCACCCUCCUGAGGGCUGGAAGUCUCCAGAGGGAGAUGGGAUCCCAGCAAUGAGGGUGGUGUCCACAGGGAUGAGCUGUCUCCAGCUCCAGAGCCAGCGUGAGUGCAGUCCUCAUCCAGAAGAUGCUCAAGAUGAGGCAGGAGAGGAGAAGGGGAGGGAUACAGGACACCUUGAUGGUGGGAAGAGAGAAAUUCCUAUGUCUUGUGAUGAGUCCCACAUCACAUGGCUGGGAGGAACAGGCGUUGUCCUGCAUGUUCCCAGGUCCCAGAGGCACUCCGAUGGACUCUUCACCAGUGAGUACAGCAAGAUGAGAGGAAAUGCUCAGGUCCAGAAAUUCAUCCAAAACCUGAUGGGCCGCAAGCGCACCCCUCCAGGCCCAGUCAACACAUAUGUGCAGGAGAGAGAAGACGAAAACAACUAUGAGGAACUUUGCCUUCUGAGGCUCUACCAGAGCUUUUUAAACACCAGCCACUCAGAGGAUGAUGCCAGGGAAGCUGCUGCAGUCACCAGCCAGUACAUUUGCCCCAUCUUUAAGCAUCUGGCUGCAGACAUGAAGGAAGACACAGAGAAUUUCAACUGAAGGUGAAGGAAAAGAGACAGCCAAGGAGGCAGCUUUGCAUGUAUAUAGCCUUGGAAUAAACAGGGAAGCUACUGGUUUUGCUUAGGAAAAACCGUGGAGAUCAGAAAUAAAUAAUCUGGAAAGCAGCCAAAUCCCAAUAAAACCUCUCUGAUUAUGAGGAGUGUGAUAGAUGUGUGAAGUGUGAAGCGCUGUCAGUAGAUGGAGCCUGAAUGAAGCGCAUCGCUUGCACUCUGUGGUAGCAUCUGCCUGCUUCUGAAGUCAAAUAAAGAUUUGUCAGCUACACCUGUGCUUUGGCUGCUCUUUGGGAGACAGGCACAAGGGUUUGGUGUUGGGCCAUUAGGAAUGGGGGGUGUGAGGGAAGAGGUAUUUUGCCAGGCUUUCCCCACAUAAAUCAUGUUGGGAUCAGCUGAAGUCUCU